GGUUGCCAUGUUUGGCCUGAACCAAGCUGCUCUUCUCACCAUUCAGCUACUAGUUUUGUGCCAAAUCCUUCCAGCCAGUUCACAAUUACAUUAAAAGGCUUGUGGUGAAAAGUCAGUCAAUCUGUCUCUGUCUGAUGGUCAUCGUGUCUCCCCUGAACCAAGCAGCUCUGCUCUUGUUUCUAUCCACGUACGGACUCUCUGCAGUUGUCCACAUGAACAUGCUGGGUUACAGGGGAGACUCUGUCACACUCGCUUGCAACAAAUCAGAGGCAGAUACAACACAAAUCAGCUGGACUAAAGGCAGAUCUCUUUUUUCUUAUUCAAUCCCACUGAAUACGAGUUAUUCAAAUUUCAGCUCCGACAGAGUGAAGAUAGACAUUAACUCACCUUCACUGCUGAUCAUUAUCAAUGCUCAGUAUGACGAUAAAGGACUCUACACAUGUACUGUAACUGACACUGAUGGUCUUUCGACUAUUAAUUGGAAUUUAACUAUAUCUGAGAGACCUGCUAAAGAGGUCAGGUCAUCUGGGUCUUUUCUGCUCGUAGUCUCAUCUUUGACUGGAUUUCUCUUAUUUGGCAUCCUGCUGGCUACCUGUCUCUGCAGAAAAAGCAACACCAAGACUCAAAACCAGGACCUAUCCUGGAGCAGAACCCUGACUUUUGCCGAGUACCGAGUUCACUCUGGAGGUGCCUCCAUUUCAUCCCCAGAGCUGUCUGGUACUCAGGAUGCAGGAAUUGAUAGUCAAUGGGUCUCAAUUCAAUAUUUGCCCAGACAGGCAUGGAGUUCAGAUUAAAACUGAUUAAGAAACAAAAAAGAUGUUGGAGAGAUGUUUUCAAAAGAAUGGGACAAAUAUGAUGAUGUAUACGUAAAAAAGAAAAAGAUGCAGCAAGAAAACUGAUGGCCUUGUUUUUGUUUGCACCACUAGACUGAAACAAAUUUGCUCCCUUGGUUCUUUAAAUUAGAGGUUAACACUUUACUGUAUGCCUUUGUCUUUUACUGAAGUGCUCUGUAGCUGUAAUGUAAUUUUUUAAACCCCUAUUAAAUCACCCUUUUCAAUUCUCA